GGGAUUCAUUCGAAAGACUCCACCUCUACCUCCUGGACCGAAAGGCUAUCCUUUGAUCGGUAACCUUCUGGAUAUGCCGGGCGUUACUCCGUGAAAGACAUUUAAAAAAUGGUCAAAGGUUUAUGGUUCGUGUCCUAUCCGCAUUUACUGCUUAUAUAAAUAGAUACUCGGCGUCCAGGAGAUGUCAUCUUCCUAGAUCUUCCUCAACAACCCACCGUGGUUCUAGGAUCCGCGCAGGCUACCUUGGACCUCAUGGAGAAACGCUCAGAUAUAUACUCAGACAAGCUCGUCUUCGUGAUGGAUGAGCUUAUGACUUGGGACUCCAACAUGCCAUUUAUGCCGUAUAUGCACAAAUGGCGGGAUCAUCGUUGGGUCUUUCACCAGUAUUCAAAUCAACGCGAAGUUGCCAAGUACAGACCGAUUCAAGUCCAAGAGUGUCGUGCUUUUCUCCGACGAAUGGUUGAUGCCCCAGACAAUUUGGCUCAGCAUGUCCGCCAAAUAUUCACCGCCAUCAUCCUGAAGGUUGUUUAUGACAUGGAUAUAAAGGAUUUGGACGACGAAUACUUGUUUUCAGCACCGGAAGCUGUUCUGCAUAGCGUUCAGUCGAGACUCCCAGGCACAUAUUGAAUAGAAUUCUUCCCAUUCUUUAGACACACUCCUAGCUGGGUUCCUGGAGCUAAGUUCAAACAGACGGCGGAGCAUUACAGGCCUUACGUUGAAGCCAUGCGUAACAGACCAUUUGAUGUGGUUAAACAGGCUAUUGCCAAUGGAUCUGCCGCGCCCUCUGCCGCAGCAAGUCUGAUCAAAAAGAUGCAGGAACGAUACAAGAGAACCAAUAUAAAGUCACAGUAGGAACAAAUUGCUCGAAAUGUGAUGGGUGUUGCAUAUGCAGCCGGGGCUGAUACCACAACCGCUGUAGCACAGACCUUUCUAAUCGCCAUGAGCCUGUUUCCGGAUGUCCAACGGGAGGCUGAUCUAUGUUCAAGCUGUUGCGCUUGAGAGUAUGCGCUGGUUGACUAUCUUUCCCCUUGGCCUUCCUCCUCGGGUUACUUGUAAUGAUGUAUACAACGGGUACCUUAUCCCUAAGGGUACCAUAGUGAUGGCU